GUGUGUGUGUGUGUGUGUGUGUCUGUGUCAGAUCUGAGUUGGAUUUCUACCAGGAGCCCCUCUAUUGAUGUGAAUUUUUUUUGUGUGUGUGGGUGUGUGGUGGAGGGGGGGUGGGGGUGGUGUGUGUGUGUGUGUGUGUGGGGUGGGGGGGUGGUGUUUGGUGGAAAAGAAAAAAUCUCAACAAGCACUGGAGACGAGAUGGGGAUGUUUGGAGCCAUCCUGGGAGCUGUACAUUACCUGGGGCUUUACAUCCAACUGUGCACUUCCUCAGAAGCACUCUUCACUGAGGUUCCUCAUGAUAUCAUGGCCAGAGCUGGGCAGGAUGUGGAGAUGGCCUGUGCUUUCAGGGGUAGCAGCUCACCAUCCUACUCGCUGGAGAUUCAGUGGUGGUACAUCCGAAACACCAGGGACUGGACCGACAAGGAGUCAUGGAGCUCCAACCAGAUAAAACCCUUCAACCACGAGGAGACCCGAAAGGAUGCAACCAAAAUAAGCGCCGUGAAGGUGGUUGGUAGCAACAUCUCGCACAAUCUGCGGCUAUCCAGCAUUAAAACUGUGGACGAGGGCACGUACGAAUGCCGAGUGACUGAUUACAGUGAAGGUAAAGCCAGGCAUCAUAAGGUCAAAGCCUAUCUACAGGUCAAGCGAGAGCCGAGUCAGGAGAUGAAACAGCACGGAGUCUCUGGACACAUGCAAGACACCAAGGUCCCUGCAAACAUCAGAGGCGAUCACACAAAUCACAUUGCCAGGUCCAAUUCCAUUCCCAACAGCCCUCACACUGUCCAAGCUAUCAAGGAGCGAGCACUGGAUAGUGACUGUGAAGAGAGGGAUCUGUCCCCUCACGCUGAACGUAUUCAUUGUGCGUAAUAGAGUGAGCUGUCAUUAGAGAUGCUAGUCUUUGUAUAUUAUAUGGGAGUGCAUGCCAGACUUCUGUAUGGGAGUAUUUGGGCAAAAACAGUGUCUGAAACUACAGCUUAAGGGUGGGGGGAAAAAACAGCUGCGUAUCAGCUGAAAUAUUUUUCCUUAUUUGAUAUGUAGUGAUUAUGGUAAGUAAAGACUGAUUUUGUUACAUCUAAAUAGAAAUUUAUUAUCUGUCCAG